AUGCAGUUGUACUUCUGCGAAAACGAUUCACAUGUGCUCACUUGCGGUCCUUGGAAGAUCAAUAUCCUUUCUGCAAACUACGGUCGUUUGACUGGAGCUCAAGUCUGUGGCUGGGGAAAAAUAAAGACCACUUACUGCAAAGCUAAUGGAGCACUUGCCAAAGUUCGAGCUCACUGUCAGGGACGUUCACAUUGCACAUUACGGGCAACCAACAGCGAGUUUAGUGAUCCUUGCCCUGGAACUUACAAAUAUCUAGAGGUAACUAUUUUUGUCAGCCUAGCUUUAUUUAGCCUUGUUCCAAAGGGAUCGCUUUUUUUCUUUGUCAUUGUCAAGUUCGUCACACAAGAAGAAUAGAAGAAGUCGUAGCCUGAGUAACUUGUUUCUUUUUUAGUGGAGGGGGGAGAGAGGAACGAAAAGGGGAAAAGGGGAGAUAGAGAAACCCCUGACACAAAACCUAAGGGGGUCCAUCUUCCCGCCGCAUUUACCUAGUAUUUGCAGUUUUCACCUCCUUUUUUUCUUGACUUUCCUGGCCACUUCAGCCCUUUUUCUAUUGUGAAGUAUUAAGCGAUGUUGUCUAAUCUCCCCCAAUUUCUUCCCAUUCUCUCUCAUUGAGAAUCCCCACCUCCCCGGUACCUUUCCUUUUCCCGCCUCCCACACCCUUCCCCUGUAUUCUCCCUAGGCCACUACCCCCCCCCCAACCCCUGUCCUCCCUCACAUCAGUGUGGAACAGAAAAUUGAAAAAUGGAAAUAAGAUGGGUAAAUAUCUACAUCGGACAACGGAUUUCUAUAGUUGUACAUAUUACUGGUUAUUGAAUAUGCUAUCCUUUCUCUAUUUUGAUCCCUUUUGGACUGUUAGAAUGGGUACCGUUAAUAGCUUGAUGGCAGCAAGCCUUGAUUUCAUUUGUUGAUAAUGUGUACUAACUCAUGUCCGCUGAAUUCAACAGAUUCGCUACAUAUGUAAGGAGUGACGCCAAGACUCUGGUUCAGCUAAAAACGGUGGCGUGAGCCGUUAGUAGUGAUCGAAAAAGACAACCUUCAUUAAUAGCUGUGCAAAGAAAAACGCCACUUGACAAUUUAGACGACUCAUGUAGUUUGCUUGGAAAGAAAAUCAUUAAACUUCUUUUUGAACGAGAAUGUUGUACAUCGAUAUUUUUUGUACCCCCUUUUUUUUACUGUUAUAGCAUGGCGCCAUUUGUUUUAGAACCUCGUUUGGUUCGCGCUUCCCUUCGCUCGAAUGCAAAACGCGAAAAAAUAACGUCUGUUGAACAGGCUAUAAUGUUUUGCUUUCCUCGCGUGUCCCGCUUGGUCAAAAAAAAGGAAAAAUAGAGAACAAUCUUGCCAGCUUAAAGGAGAUAGAUAACUUUAAAAUUAUCCUGGUCAAAUUUCAGCACCUUUUGCUCAAACAAUGACUAGCUUUGCUCAGUAAAUAAAAAAGCCGUUCAACUUAAAGAAAAACGUUUAGAACGGGAUGGCGAGAGACGAACCGAGCUUAGAGUUAAGCUCAUGAAAAGUUCGAAAUCUGGCUCGGUUGAGUUCGUCUGAAUGAGAGUUUGGAUCCUCCAACACGUCUAUGCUAUAAAUUUUAAAAAAAUUAUUUGAUAAUGUAUAUUUAGCCUGGUUUGGGAGAAAAUUAAAAUUGUUUUUUGGUCUGCUUCAGUUGGUUGGUUCGACCCGUCCCGAAGUUUGACGUCUGACCCAACAAACGAUCUUACCUUAAUUUAGGUCGACCCAAAUUAGAAUUUGGUUCGUCUCAUGAAAAGUUCGACGUUUGGUCCAGACCUUAGAGUCAACAAAUUUGGCUACGUUUACAUACACUAGAUAAGAUUCAGGAGAUUUUGCUUGAUUCAUUAAUGUUUCCGGUUUUACACAAAAUCCGAGAAAAUCAAUAUCUACUGAAGAUUCCUCAUCCCAUCAGCGGAAUGUCUGGUAAUGUGAGUCAGAGGCACCUUGUUGUGGUAGUUGACUAUCUAGUUAUUCACUUCACAGUUUAAUUUUUAACAAUCCCCCAAAUCCAAUAUUCUCCAAUUUUCCAAAAUUUUAAAUAACACCCAUUAAUUUUUAUACAUCAAACUCGAAAAUCAUACAUACAUACAUACAUACAUACAUACAUACAUACAUAACCUUUAUUAAAGUGUCUUGUCGUUCUAGUGCCUAUUGGCACUAAUUGGGGACACCUUUAAAACUAAAUUACAUCAUUAAUAGAAACUAAUUAAGUACUAUAAAAGCCGGAAAUUGACACUAUUCAAGCUAAGUGCUCUUUUACACUCUAAAAACUAAGUUCUAGAUUUAACACUUCGAAGCUAAGUUCGAAAAUUUACAAUAUAAAAACUAAAUGCGUAUAUUAGCUCGGACACUGAAAUGAAUAAGUAAAUAUGCGUACGUCCUCUUAAUCUAAGCAUAAGCGGCAUUCACUCCCACAUCCCUCAAGAAAUGAUGUUACAUCCUUCUUACGUAUCAUUGUCCUAAAAGUUGCCAAAGUUGCAAUAUUUCUCUCCUCCUUGCUUAGUUUAGACCAUAAUUGUGGUCCGAGAAAUCUGAGAGAAUGUUUUCCAUAAGUAACAGUUUUAAACCGAGGUAAGACAAAAUCUGCAUUUCUUAGGUUAUAUCUCUUACUAUUAAUAUUCUCCUCGUUGAUAUUAAAAAUAUCCGCAAUUUGGUUCACUGUUAAUUUGUUUUUUACUUUAAACAUCAAAAUGAGUAUAUCCUGCAACCUCCUAUUUUGUAAAGUAGUCAACUUAGCUCUUUUCAGCAAGGUGUCAUAACUUUCGGUAGUAGUAUUAUACACUAAUCUUAAGGCUCUUUCUUGUAGACGCUCCAAUUUACGACUAUCAGAUGCCGUGCAAAAAUGCCACACUAGGUGGCAAUAAGUAAGGUGUGGCAUAAUAGCUGAUUUGUACAAAAGUAACUUGGCAUUUACUGGCAUAAGAUUUUUAAGCCUUCUAAAAACUAUUAAUCCAAGAACUGCAAACUAAUUGAAUCAUUUUUCGAUUGAAUGAAAUAUUGGCCGAUAUUUAAGAAAAAGGGCAGAAAUAUGCGAAAAGCAAUGCUUUAAACCAGUGCUUAAAAAAAAUAAACGGUCUUACUAGAAGUUGUCUGUCGUGUUAUCGUGACAACACUCUAUGCACUCUUGUCUUCAUUGAACUGACAAUUUCUCGUCCCAGCUGUGAAAACGCUUGUCACCAAACGUUCUCCCCAAGGUUGAUUCACAUAUUACCUAUAUCCAAAGGUAGCUCAAAAGCUCUUCUCGCUUACUAACGAAAAGAAAAGCUUAUUUAACAGAAAAAUUAAGAACAAGGGAAGCUUAAAAAAAUAGAGCUGAGACUAUGGCUCGAACUGAUGUUUAGUACUUCUGGUUAAACACAGAUUUAGGACGCCGGGUUAGCUUUCAUUUACUACAAACUCCAAAGAGAAGCUGAGAGAGAAAAUAUAUAAUGCAGCGAUUAUGGUUUGUACUAGUGUAUGGCGAUUACGGUUAAGCACUGAUUUCAGAUUUAGAACGGUUAGCCCCGUUAAUAAACAAGAGCCGCCUUCUUUAGUCCAACAAGGCUUUUGAGAGGUCAUCAAAGAACUGGUUAAUACUGUAGAUGCUAUUAUUUAAUGUAGCAGUUGAAAAUUUUCAUUAUCGCUUACCCAGUUUUAUUUACUUCACUUACACCAAGAAGUAGGCUUAAGAAAAUAUGGACUAGCUAUAGUCUUUCGCCCCCUUGUAUUUUAUCUUUUAAGCCUUAAUAUUUAGUUUAAUAAUCGUGUGGCUUUUACGAGGAAAGCUACGUUCAGUUUGUAAACAAAUUGUGCCUUUUGCUUCGAACAAUAAACAUUCGCUCUUUUUUCAGGAACGCUUAUGCGUACAUGUUUACUUGUAGCCACGGCUUGGCUUAUGCUAAAUACACCUUUUCAAAUAUAGGAAGCUCCAACUUACAAUUCUAGUGCGAUAAAAAAAAGAUUACAUCUGCGAAGAUUUUUCCCGUAAUCACAAAGUACAAUUACACGCUGUGAAGGUGGUCUCUAUCGUUUAAGAAUAAAAGCCCAUGCAAUUAAAUUCGUACUUUUAUAUGAUAUGGAAUCCGUCGGGAACAAUUUAAAAAAGAUACACUGCUACUGAUCAAUACAUGUCAAUUCACUAACGCAUUCAUUGCAAAAAAAGAAAGGAAGAACCAGUUGAGCGCACUUGUAUGUGAAUAGUUAGCGAUCGAUAGCCAGCACGAACUGAGAAAGGUUUCGCCGCCAGUGUUUCUGUUCCACGUGAAUUCGACCUAAGGCGCCUAUACCCGUCCCAGUGGCCUACCAAUAGGAUCAAGAAUAAUUUUUCAAUGGCUUUAUGUUAGCACUGAUAUGUCUUGAAUUUUAUUGUUGAUCAUAAGUGUUUCAAGUUGUAGCUUAGGUGGUAACUGUACCUUUUUAAACUUAAAUCUUAUUUUUAAGCGUAUUUAUACCUCUAUUUUUUUUAUCCAUUUUUAUAUUUUAAUACAUUUUAAAUUUUAUAUGUAAUACACAAUUCAGCCAUAUACGGCUGGGACGUAUUUUAAUAAAGUGUCUAUCUAUCCAUCAAGUUCAAGUUCUAUCAGUUCUCACACGACAUUGUCUAGCUUGAGUUGUUUGCUUUUCUGCUUGCUUGAACACUGUGAGUGUUUAAUCUCACGCAAUGAUCCGCUCAUUUUACUUCAAACGCCAGGAAUUAUUGUAUUUACCUUGAAUUAAAUAAUUCUGUUUGAACUUCUGCGCGCAUGAACAGCGCUUGAUCGCACACGAUGGUCUUAUUUUAACCCUCGGACGUACACCCAAACUCGCACCUCCACCGGCCACCGCGGUACCAAUAGGGGGCUGACUGGAACCCCCUACCUCUAGCGUUUUCGUCUUUUUCUAUUUUAUAUGCGUUUACUUUUUUUGAUAAGAUUCACCUUUAACAGAUAUAGGGGCUGUCAUAUCGUUUACAAGAAUAUGUUAAUAUUACGGGAUACAUACGUACGUAAGUAGCGCUGCUGGGGGCCAGUAACGUCAUCUAGAUUUUAAGCUUGGCUACGAAAGACUGCUCCGAAAUACUAAGAUGAAAAGAAAAAAAAAGGGAAAAUAAAAUUGUGGUUAAAUAAUGUGCCAAACAGGCCGUGCAUCGACCGAAGGGGGAGGGGAGGGGGGGCUAGGCAGUUAGUGGAAAUAUUUUUAAUAUCAACAGUAUAAAUUAGAUAUAUUGGACUGUUACUGAUCUGAAAGCCGAAACUUGAGUGACAGCAGUUUUGUUCUUUCCAUCACCUUACUGAUAGCUAACGAUCUUCAUGGAUAUUAAUACAGUUUGCCAGAAGUGGAUUUAACUCAUGAACGUUUCGAAACAAUGUUUAUAAUGCUUCACUUUAAUUUUAUGAGUGUAUCAAGUUGAAGAGAAACAACUGAACCAGUUGAGGAAUGAGUAGCCCCUGUCCCAUUGUUUUAUUGUAUUACAUAUCAGACGUUCAAGAAAACUCGUAUACCUUAAUCAGGAAAAUUUGCCGCUAAAACGUGUCAGGAUUAAUCCGGCUUUAUAUAACACCUUCGUAACGCUUGUCUUCUUUUUAGUGUGGUUCCUCUUUCAGCUCCUACUGUGAUUCAGAGUAAUCACUGUAGGUCAAAUUCUUGCUGACAGUAAUAAAUUCUGAAGGGGGUACACACCUUUUUAAUUUUUUUUUUUUAAAUGAAAUCACUUUAUUAAAUAAGCUGUUAAGUGGUUAAUCAGCAAGAUAGAGUAGCCAUUUUUAUAAAGAGUAGUUAACUUGCAAUCAAUCCGGAGUACCCUUAACACUGAGCAAACAGUGAUAUUGGACUUUCGACCACUUGAUAGUAACACUUCAGACACUUGAGAACGUCUCGCGACCAAAGUCACGACAGGGUACGCAAUGAACUGUUUGAAUUAUAUUCAGUUGUGUUGUUUGCACUUGAAUCAUUGCUUUGUUCAAUGUUAUAUUUUUUGUCCGAGCAAUUUGUCAGUUAGUUGAGGCUGUAUUACAAAAUGUCGACAAAAAACAAAACAAAAUCUAUCAUCAAAACUUUGUAAAAACUAGAAAAUUUAAAUUUGGCUUCUUCAUCAGCAGGAUUCUUUCAAUGUUUUCGUUUCAAACUGAAACCCGUUUGCCAACAAUGGAAAAUGAAUCUGCUUUAGACAGAAAUCAUUUUUAAGAUACUCAUGAGAUAAAGCCGUGUUACCUGAAGGUUUAAGUGCAGUCACUCUUAUUAAACGUCAAUGCUUACUAUCUUGGCAGUUAGUAACCUUCUACGCAGGCGAUGGAGCUCUUAUUUCGUCCCUCACGAAAUACGAACUUCCCUAAAAACGCCUGCGUGGGGGGGCUAGGCAGUUAGUGGAAAUAUUUUUAAUAUCAACAGUAUAAAUUAGAUAUAUUGGACUGUUACUGAUCUGAAAGCCGAAACUUGAGUGACAGCAGUUUUGUUCUUUCCAUCACCUUACUGAUAGCUAACGAUCUUCAUGGAUAUUAAUACAGUUUGCCAGAAGUGGAUGUAAUUACUCAUGAACGUUUCGAAACAAUGUUUAUAAUGCUUCACUUUAAUUUUAUGAGUGUAUCAAGUUGAAGAGAAACAACUGAACCAGUUGAGGAAUGAGUAGCCCCUGUCCCAUUGUUUUAUUGUAUUACAUAUCAGACGUUCAAGAAAACUCGUAUACCUUAAUCAGGAAAAUUUGCCGCUAAAACGUGUCAGGAUUAAUCCGGCUUAUAACACCUUCGUAAGGCUUGUCUUCUUUUUAGUGUGGUUCCUCUUUCAACUCCUGCUGUGAUUCAGGUAAAAAAAUUUUACCUAGGCAGCGGCGACCCAAAUGCCUGAACCGGCCUAAGCCUGUCAUGUAAAAGUAUUCGGCAAACAAUGAAUUCAUGGAUCGUGAACAUAAUUAUCAGACGUUCAAGAGAACUCGUAUACCUUAAUCAGGAAAAUUUGCCGCUAAAACGUGUCAGGAUUAAUCUGGCUUAUAACACCUUCGUAACGCUUGUCUUCUUUUUAGUGUGGCUCCUCUUUCAGCUCCUACUGUGAUUCACGUAAAAAAAAAUUACCUGAGCAGCGGGGACCGAAAUGCCUGAACCGGCCUAAGCCUGUCUUGUAAAAGUAUUCAAACAAUGCAUUCAUGGAUCGCAAACAGGAAGAUCAACUCAACGGAAACAAAUUGAUCAAACUUUGCGUUUACUAGAAUGAAAUCGUUGAAUUGAGGGUUGUGAUCUGUAGAAAAACCUUUGUGAAAAAGAUUUGUUACACUAAAAAGUUGAAUUAUUUACUUGACGUAUAAUUUAUGUUUCAAAAUUGGUUUAGCAUACAGAAACAUGCUGUACCUUGACGUUGUGGACACGGGUUUUAAACUAGCAUAUUUAGACGUAACGACUUGAGGGUUCUUUCCGGCCACGUCACUGUAGGAACAUAACGUUUUUCAGCCUAGUGAUCCUAUUGAUUUGAUUGGACCGGGAAAUGAAGCGUUUGUCGUAAAAGUCCACCAUUUUUCUUGACGCGUUCAAUCUGCAGAGUUGUGCGGACUCGCAAGUAUCGAAUUGGUUAUCGAGUGUCUUAGGAAACACUAACAAACGAAAGGAAGGUAAGGCGUAAGUCAUUAUGACAGGAAGUUAACAUAGUUGUUAACAUUAAAGGAUAAACCAUUCAAGUUCUAUACUACCGUGCUAUUCACCGGUUGCAAACUCAGUUUUAGGAUGAAACAUUUUUUCAUUUUUUCAUAGAGGUGAUUCUACUACAGGAAAAGCGGAACCAUGUUGCAGAUAUUGGUUUUGUUUCUAAUUGCAGGCUUAUUUGGUGAUGCAGGUAAAUAAUUUUCCUACAUUUUAUUUAAGAUAUCGAAGAUCCAGGGAAGGGGGGUCAAAUUUCUCUAUAAAUGAAAAAUGGGACCAUAAACAUGAGAUAACCGGUUGAACGAACGUAUUUACAUCCAGAUGGACAUUUUCAACGAGCUUGAAAAAGUUGGGAUCUGUCAAUAGACCUCGCCCCAGUGAAAAGUCACAGACAUAAAGGGUGCGUUUUAUGGAAGACAACAGAAGGACGUGUGUAUUCAGUCCUCAUUCAGACAAUGAUUUGCUAAUAUUAUGCAAUCGAGAAAACGAAAGUUGUUUUUCUUAAUUGUUUUGCUGCAGACAAUGCUCUGCUCAUGCGCGAUCCGGCAUAGGGUGAACCAAGCCUCGUUUGUCUAGUAUAUCAGCGGUUAUUUGAUAAAUGGCAUUAUUUUGCUCUCCCUCGUCCAAAAACUGUUUAUUGUACAUAUUCCAGGUGCAACUUGUCAGAGAGAGAUGCAGUUGCAAUUCUGUGAAGGCGAUUCACAUACACUCUCUUGCGCUCAUUUUUCCAAGAACAUCAGUAUCCUUUCUGCAAACUACGGUCGUUUGACUGGAGCUCAAGUCUGUGGCUGGGGACCAAUAAAGUCCACUCACUGCAAAGCUGAUGGAGCACUGGCCAAAGUUCAAGCUCACUGUCAGGGACGUUCACAUUGCACAUUGCGGGCAACCAACAGCGAGUUUGGCGAUCCCUGCGAUGAAACUUACAAAUAUCUAGAGGUAACUAUUUUUCUUAGCCAAACCUUUUCUCAGCUUGGUUUCAAAGGGAUCUCUUAUCUUCAAUUUCUCAUUGUCGCCAGGAUUCUUAGCUUUGGCAAGUUUAUCGAUCUUGAAAAAGAAGUCGUAGCCUGAGUAGCUUGUGUGGAAGAGAGGAGCGAAAAGGGGAAAAGGGGAGAAGGGAGACUGAGAAACUACUGACACAAAAACGACGGGAGAAGGGUCUAUCCUCCCCCCGCAUUUACCUUAAUUUGUAUUUGUAGUGUCCACCCCUUUUUUUCUUGGCUUUCCCGGCCACUUCAGCCCUUUUUCUAUUGUGAAUUAUUAUUAAAGCGAUGUAGCCUAAUGUCAUCCAAUCCCGUCCUCCCCCACAUCAGGGUGGAAAAGAAAAUUCAAAAAUAGAAAUAAGAUGCGUAAAUAUCUACAUCAGACAACUGAUUUCUAUGGAUGUACAUGUUACUGGUUAUUAAAAUGCUAUCCUUAACUCGAUUUUGAUCCCUUUGGGACUGUUGGAAUGGGUACAGUUAAUAGCUUGAUGGCAGCAAGCCUUGAUUUCUUUUUGUUGAUAAUAUAUACUAACUCAUGUCCGCUGAAUUCAACAGAUUCGCUACAUAUGUGAGUGAGAACGCCAAGACUCUGGUUCAGUUAAAAACGGUGGCGUGAGCCGUUAGUAGUGAUCGAAAAAGACAACCUUAAUUAACAGCUGUGCAAAGAAAGUGUCACUUGACAAUUUAGACGAUUUAGCUUAUGUAGUUUGCUUGGAAAGAAAAUCAUUAAACUUCUUUUUGAACGAGAAUGUUGUACAUCGAUAUUUUUUCUACCCCCUUUUUUUACUGUUAUAGCGUGGCGUUCGUCUCAUGAACAGUUCCACGUUUGGUCUAGGCCUUAGAGUCAACAAAUAUGGCUGCGUUUACACGACACUAGAUAAGAUUCAGGAGAUUUUACCUGAUUCAUUAAUGUUUUCGGUUUUACACAAAAUACGAAUCCGAGAAAAUCCAUAUCUACUAAAGAUUGCUCACUCACAUUACCAGGCAUUCCGCUGAUGAGAUCAGAGGCACCUUGUUGUGGUGGUGGACCAUCUUGUAUUUGUCUGCUUACUAUUCACUUCAUAGUUUAAUUUUAACAACACCCAAAUCCAACAUUUUUCAAUUUUUCAAAAUUUUAAAUAACACCCACUAGUUUUUAUACAUCAAACUCGAAAAUCAUCUAAAAACUAUUAAUCCAAGAACUGAAAACUAAUUGGCAAUGAAUCAUUUUUCGAUUGAAUGAAAUAUUGGCUGAUAUUUAAGAAAAAAAGGGGGGAAAUGUGCGAAAAGCAAUGCUUUAAACCAGUCCUUAAAGGAUUCUUACUAGAAGUUGUCUGUCGUGUUAUCGUGACUACACUCUAUGCACUCUUGUCCUCGCUGAACUUACAAUUUCUCGUCCCAUCUGUGAAAACGCUUGUCUCCUAACGCUCUCCCCAAGGUUGAUUCACAUAUUACUCAUUUACAAAGGUAGCUCUAAAGCUCUUCUCGCUUACUAACGAGAAGAAAAGCUUAUUUAAUUUUUUAUUAGAAAAAAAUAAGAACAAGGGAAGCUUAAAAAAAAAUAGAGCUGCGAUUAUGGCUCGCACUGAUGUUUAGUACUUCUGGUUAAACACAGAUUUAGAACGCUGGGUUAGCUUUCAUUACUACAAACUCCAAAGAGAAGCUAAGAGAGAAAAUAGUGUAGCGAUUAUGGUUUGUACUGAUGUAUAGCGAUUACGGUUAAGCACUGAUUUCAGAUUUAGAAUGGUUAGCUCCGUUAAUAAAGAAGAGCCGCCUUCUUUAGUCCAACAAGGCUUUUGAGAGGUCAUCAAAGAACUGGUUAAUACUGUAGAUGCUAUUAUUUAAUGGAGCAGUUGAAAAUUUUCGUGAUCUCUUACCCAGUUUUAUUUACUUAACUUAUACCAAGAAGUUGGCUUAAGAAAAUAUGGACUAGUCUUUCGCCCCCUAGUAUUUUAUCUUUUAAGCCUUAAUCUUUAGUUUAAUAAUCGUGUGGCUUUUACGAGGAAAUCUACGUUCAGUUUGUAAACAAAUUGUGCCUUUUGCUUCAAACAAUAAACAUUUGCUUUUUUUCAGGAACGCUUAUGCGUACAUGUUUACUUGUAGCCACGGCUUGGCUUAUGCUAAAUACACCUUUUCAAAUAUAGGAAGCUCCAACUUACAAUUCUAGUCCGAUAAAAAAAAAAAAAAAAAAAGAUUACAUCUGCGAAGACUUUUCCCGUAAUCACAAAGUACUAUUAAACGCUGUGAAGGUGUUCUCUAUCGUUUAAGAAUAAAAGCCCAAUUAAAUUCGUACUUUUAUAUGAUAUGGAAUCCGUCAGGAACAAUUUGAAAAAAGAUACACUGCUACUGAAUAAGUGUCAAUUCACUAACGCAUUUGUAAAAAUAGAAAGGAAGAACCAGUUUAGCGCACUUGUAUGUGAAUAGUUAGCGAUCGAUAGCCAGCAUGAACUGAGAAAAGUUUCGCCGCCAGUGUUUCUGUUCCACGUGAAUUCGACCUAAGGCGCCUACACCCGUCCCCGUGGCCUACCAAUAGGAUCAAGAAUAAUUUUUCAAUGGCUUUAUAUCAACACUGAUAUGUCUUGAAUUUUAUUGUACAUAAUAAGUGUUUCAAAUUGUAGCUCAGAUGGUAACUGUACCUUUUUUAACUUAAAUCUUAUUUUUAAGUGUAUUUAUACCUCUAUUUUUUUAAUCCAUUUUUAUAUUUUAAUCCAUUUUAAAUUUUAUUUGUAAUACACAAUUCAGCCAUAUACGGCUGCGACGUAUUUUAAUGAAGUGUCUAUCUAUCUAUCAAGUUCAAGUUCUAUCAGUUCUCACACGACAUUGUCUAGCUUGAGUUGUUUGCUUUUCUGCUUGCUUGAACACUGUGAGUGUUUAAUCUCACGCAAUGAUCCGCUCAUUUUACUUCAAACGCCAGUAAUUAUUGUAUUUACCUUGAAUUAAAUAAUUCUGUUUGAACUUCUGCGCGCAUGAACAGUGCUUGAUCGCACACGAUGGUCUUAUUAUAACCCUCAGACGUACACCCAAACUCGCACCUCCACCGCGGUACCAAUAGGGGGCUGGCUGGAACCCCCCACCUCUAGCGUCUUUCUCUUAUUCUAUUUUAUAUGCAUUUACUUUUUUUGAAAAGAUUCACCUUUUAUAGAUUCAUCUUUAACAGAUAUAGGCUGUGAUAUCGUUUACAAGAAUAUGUUAAUAUUACCGGAUACAUACGUACGUAAGUAGCGCUGCUGAGGGCCAGUAACGUCAUUUAGAUUUUAAGCUUGGCUACGAAAGACUGCUUCGAAAUACUAAGAUGAAAAGAUAAAAAAGGAAAAUAACAUAAAAUAAAACCUAAAAUUGUGGUUAAAUAAUGUUCCAAACAGGCCGUCCAUCGACCGACGCUAUAUCUGUUAUAUGUGGUUUUCACUGAUUCCGUGCGAAAGCGUUUUUAAAACUUACGGUUUAAGAAAUUCCUUUUUGUCAAACAGUAGGCAAUAAGAAGUGUCUAUAUAGAGCAGCCGCCUUCUCCAGUUUAACAAGGCUUUUAAUUUCAGAAAAAUAGGGAGUCUUUAUUUAAUUUUAUAGAUGAAAAUCUUCGUCGUAGCUAAUCUGGGUAUACCUUAAUUCAAAUCAAGCUGUUGGCUGAUAACAGUUACAUAACUAUUAACGAUUUUACUUUUUCAACUAUGAUCAAACCAUCGUUUGGUUUGGGUCUUAUUACCUUUCUCCCUAGUUUUAGGAGGCGUACGUGCGUACUUCAGGUAAUUAACUACGGCCCUGCUUACAAAAUGCACAUACGACUGUUAAUUAAAGUUCAUCUCAGUUAUUCCAAAGCGAUAAAGAAAGUUUGGUCCCACGAAGAUUUCCCUCAAAUAUAAUCACAAGGUACAAUUAAACGUUAAAGUAUUCUCUACCGCUUAAUAACAAGAGUCCGAGGAAUUUCGCACCAUUGUAUGUUACUUUCCAGUUUAUAAAAACGGUACGAAGCAAAUAACAACUAAAACUUGAACUGCUUCUGAAUACGUGAUAAUGCGCUAAGAUUGGCAAAAAUAAAAACAGUUCUCACAUAACUUUGUCUAGCUUGAGUUGUUUGCCUUUCUGCCUGCUUGAACAGACGAGUCGCGGAUGAUCCUGUCAUUUCACUGCAAACACCAGUAACCAUUUUGUUUUAUUUUCUGCUCUUUUCCCAUUUAACAAACUUCCAGUGUGAGAGAUAUUUAAACAGCAGUGCCCAUCCUGAAGUACUAGGAAUCAGAUACGACGUGCGCACGUGCGUACAGCUUGCCACGCCCUUGAUCACGAAAUCUUUAUAAGACAUGUGACUCAUAGAUAAGACACCAUUCUGUUCGUGGACGGAAUUCCAUCAACACUAUUUCAGUGAGUUGCCUCAUUCCAACCAGGUAACUGCUUUUUUAAUACUAAAAGCUAAACUCACCCUUUUGAUAUAGCAAAGGCAGGCACAUUACCAAGUCCUUAAUAAUUUUGUGGUACCCUCUUUUAGUUAAUAAUGACAUUUUGCGUUUCUUUUUAUCUAGACCUGAUCUUCGAGAUUUAAUCAUGAGGACCGCUUUCGUUUUCCUGACACUUCUCAUGCUAGUCGUAGCAUCAGUAACGGCCAGAGGUAGGUUAUACCUAAUUUUGGCUGGGUCUUCUGGAAUUCAAGCACUAGCUUUUACAACUUUAUUCGAUAACUGAAAGAUAAUCUUAUUAAAAAUUAUAAUAUCAAUUUUAGUGGAGGGCUAUCCCAAAUUUAAGGAGUUUUAAAACAGUUUUGAAUCAAAACCAUAUUUUUCAAUAGCCAUAGAAGUAACGUUUCCCUUGUCCGAUCACAACAGCAGAUUCCCCACUACUGAUUUUGGAUUAAAAUUAUGUCAAAAUGUAGUUUUAAAAGCGAUUUUUCAAGCUAUUUGCUAGCUUUUUAAAAAGGCCAAAAGGUGUCUUCGUGGCAAUUGAAUUGACUGCUAAAAAUAAUAGCCCACUUUUGUUAUUUAAGACUUAAGACUAUAUCAAAACCGUUCCCUGUUGUGCUGUAGCUACGGAUAGCAAGGAUGGACAUGGAUUGAAGAUAUAUCAUCAUGAAUCUCAUGCUCAGUGAUAAAGUUGGGCUAAUGCCUGCAAAAAUCACUGAAAACAUUAUUACGAUUGGUACUUUCUUAUGAAAUUUGUGUGGUGUCUUCAUUAUAAAUGCACGGUAAGAGAGCAUUUUGUGCAUAGUAACGAAUCAAAGCUAUGACUUUAUUUAGAACAGAAUUGACCGCAAUAUCCUCGUGGCAUAGCCCCUUUGAAUAUAUUACCAUGACGAUAACAAAGGUAGAGGAAAUUUUUCAAGGAAGGAACACUUGAUCUACGAAUAUUUUCUAGCCGCUGUAUGUUUUUUGUAAUUGAGAAUCUCAUUUAAUUCACACUUUACAAGUUUCUAUAGCCUCUCCGAAAACAGAAGCAAUGAAUACUGAAAAAAUUCAACAAAGAAAGGUACAGUUUUCCAAGGGAAGUUUCCAAUCACAUUUCAACUCAAAUUUCAGACGCGAAGAGUGCCCAGAGAUUUGUAACAAGCCUUAAAGUUUACCGGUUAGAAAUGUAUUUGAAGAAAAGAAUGGGUCUGAAUAGUGAAAUUUCCGGAUUAAUCAUUUGAUUGCUUCUUUUUACUCCAAGUUAAUAAAAAUUUACACAGACUCUCUCCUAUUUUCAAGUUUAAAGUGACAGCUUUUUUUUUUCGCUUUCUUUGCUACAGGGGCCGUCUUCGUGCAAGGAGCUUUAUGAUCAAGGGUAAGUUGUAAGAGCUGAUUUGGUCUAACAUGUCUAAAACAAGAAACGGUUACAGGCAAAUGGCAUGCAGCUUCUUCGUUUUUAUGUUUUUCACUUAAACCUUUUUGAAAUAUCGAUGAGAAAGAAACAAGUGUUUUAAACGGCUGAGUUACAUUCAAAACACCAUCACCUCGUUGCCAAUGGAAAAGGAUGACAUCUUGGAUCACGUAUAUAGGACGAAAUGACGACUUUAAUUACAAUGAAAGGUCGUACAUGAUCGAAUUGGAUUUGGUUUUACUACUUUUUUAAGGCAAAGCUCACACCUAACCAACACCAAAGUAAGGGUGGAUUUCCAUUGUCGCGUAAAAGUUCAGCAUUUUCAACUUUUAAGUUAACGCUGGACCUUCCAUACAUUGUUUCUUUUUAUUUUCGCGCGUAAAAUGUAUUAUGUGCGCAUGCACGUGAAAAUUUAGCAACAGUGAAAAUUCACCUUAAGGCUGACUCUUGAAACCUACUAACAACUAGUUUAAAUUAACAACGAGGCAUUUCAAUUACAGCUCAAAGCAAUUACAUAAAAACGGCCCCUACUCGAGUACUGUCAUGAUCAUUUCGGGUAUUCAGUAACUGAAUACGUCUCGGCUGUAUUCUCGAAUCUGCCAAAGUGAGUCUGUCUGAUUGGAGGGAAUUCAAGAGCGCGCCCUUAGGAUAAUUCUUCCGAAUUCACAUUAUGACGAGGCAUUGAUACUAAGUGGCCUGCCGUCUCUAAAAAGACCGUAGGGCUGCUGCUUGCGAAUCAUUUAUGCGUAAUUUAAAACCAUCCAACCCUGUAUUUGGCCUUGCCAUGAGUGGAAGGGUAACUACCGUUCACUCGUACUCGUUACGAAGCUGCCGGAGCUAUAAUAACAAAAUGUGUAAGACAAAAGAUUGUCAGAAUUUGAAUCUGUGAAAUAUUUAGAUUUUUGUCAUAAGAUAAAUGUUAAUUAUGUGUAAUUUGCGCACGAUCCUGUUAUCCAGCUCUUACUCAACUCUACUCUACCCUACCCUACCCUACCCUACUCUACUCUAUUCUUUUGAAAGUAGUUGACAAAGCUAAUUAUAUAACAUGGAGCGUGCCGUGCCAAUGUUUAACACUCCUACGUCUUCAAUUUUCAGAGAACGUAAAAAGUGGCGCGUAUGACCUAGGGAUUAGUCCCGGACCAGUUUACUGUCACAUGGGAGAUGGAAACUUUGGAUGCGGAGAAGGAGGAUGGACUACUGUCAUGAAAAUCGAUGGUGCACAGGUACUCUUCUUUAAAGUUGUACUUUUUCAUUGCGGACGACAAGGAGAAUCCGCAAUCCUAAUAUCUAGGUUAUUAAUACGCAUGCGUCGCAUGUAUCAAGCCAGCAUCCGUUUGGACUUUCACUAAGAAUGAAUGGAAUCCAAUUUGAUCCCGCGUGUUUAGACCUUCCACUCACUCGUAAUCUGAUCACGCGUGUUUAGACCUUCCACUCACUCGUAAUCUGAUCACGCGUGUUUUGACCUUCCACUCACUCGUAAUCUGAUCACGCGUGUUUUGACCAUGUGUCACGCGAAACUUAUGCAAAGCACAGCCCUAGAGCGAAAGCGUUUUGACCUUCGAUCGUUGUCGCCCGCACGCCGUAACCUUUGGUUAUUACUAUAUAUUACGCUUGCGUCGCAUGUAGUUAGCCAGCAUUCGUUUGGAAUUCCACUAAGAAUGUAUACAAUUUGAUCACGCUCGUUUGGAACUUUCAUCACUCUUAAUCUGAUCACGCGUGUUUUUGAAUAUCGGUCAUAUGAAACUUACGCAAAGCACAGCGCUGGAGCAAAAGCGUUUUGACCUUCGAUUGUUGUCGCCCGUACUCCGUAACCUUUGGCUAACACCAGUUGCUAGAGCCGGAGAAUCUAUAUUAAUUACAGAAAAGCAAUUUUUUACCCUUUAAUUUCAGCCAACCUUCCACUACGAUUCACAUCAUUGGAGCACCUAUGGAUCCAAAUACCCACAAAAUGGGACGACAGGAUUCGACGACAAGGAAACCAAGUUGGAAACCUACGAUAAAACGAGUUUCACUAAGAUCUGUCUCGGCAUGAAGGUAGAGAGCCAGACCAGAUUUAUCGUCAUCAAUAAGAAGGCCAAAUCGCUGUACGAAUUGAUUUCUAAAGAGACAUACGAACCAACCACCCUGGGACGUGACGAAUGGAAGAAGCUGGUUGGACCUCAAGCUUCUCUGCAGAACAACUGUGAAAGAGAAGGAUUCAACGCCAAAGGAGACAGGCGUUUUUUUUACCUUUCUAGAGCAAGAAUUGGGAUUAUUGGAAACCAGGAAGACAACUGCGACAGCCCUGACUCCAGAAUCGGCUUUGGUACUGGAGGACAAGAAAAAAAAAAGAGCACUCCGCGUCACAAAGAAAACACGUGUGGAAAUGAGGCUCAUUGGUCGUCAGAUAACCGAGAUCAGUCCAUCAAGGCCAUGGGGUACAUCUUAGUUCAAUGAAGGCUGAGAUUUGCACAAGUUGACAGAAGCAGUCGGAUCUUAAAAAAAAUUAGAACAGUUGAUUAUUGUAAUUAGUGGUCUUAAGAAAAUUGAAAUAUAAGAGAUGUGUUAAACUAAAGGUAAAAUAAACGCUUGCAUGCACUGUCGAUCAAAAAUGUUUUGUUUCUUUGAUCUUCUUGUUUGGUCGGGACAAACUUGUAAGAAGAACCCGAAACAAACGGCAGAGACUUUUGCUGUUGCUUUCAUUUGUUACCCUCUAGGAUUUUAUCCGCGCGCUUAACGCUACCACACGAAAGUGCUGCUAAGUAGCUUUCAUUUGAAUGGAUCACACUUUAGGAUUUCAUCCAAAGAUUCAAAAGUUAGAACCACCUUGUACAGCGUAAUAAACAGCACCACAUGAAAGUGCUGCUAAGUAGCUUUCAUUUGAAUGGUCACACUCUAGUAUUUCAUCAACACACUUUAAGCUAGAACCAAGUUGUACAGCAAAAAGUUUUGCUCAGUAGCAGUUUCAUUGGAAUGUGCACAAUUUAGGAUUUCAUCCACUGUCAAAAUAGGGUAUCAUCCGAUCAAUUCCGUUGUAUACGGGAAAAAGCUUGCCUGAGAUGUACAAACAACCCAAAACGUUUCCUAUAUAUCAUCAAAGUCGAACGGUCUUGGUUUACUGACAUUCAUUUUUCAUUUCUUUCAUGUCAUAUUUUUAAAGCAAAAAUAUUUCCCAAUUGGACUAGGAUUUUUACAAGGCUCCGCCUUGUAUCUUAGGGAAAAUGUGUCAAAAUGCAAUUGAUUCGUCAAAAUGUGACGAUCCAAAUUCGCCCAUUAUUGGGCAAGGGUAAAUAAAAUAACCAGUAAAAAGAAAUUUUUUUUUGUUUUCAAAAUUUUAAAAAUGUCACGUCACUGAAUCACCUCAUCUUAAAUUGUUCAAGUUUGUCGAAUGUAAUUCGUGCUAAUCUCCUGCAUCCAAAACCAUUUAAAUCCUUUGCAGUAAGUUAUUUCGUCUUUCGCGUUUUUCUUUUUUAACUCUUUCAGCCCUGCUGUCUACUUUAUAAAACGGUAGUCACGGGAAUGAAGGCUGAAAAGAUCAAACAGUACUUCUACAAAAAAUGCACAGGGGAAAUAAGAUUUUAUUUUUGUCAUCAGUGUUAAAAGGGUUAUUACAUUUUUGGACUCCCUUCGACUUCCAUGAUUAUUUUGCGCGUUGCCAAAAAAAAGUAUCUUUUGUGACAGUGCUUCUUCAGACAGCGUUCGAGUGACCACUUUGAAUGCUAUUAGGACUUAUAUUAUAAGAAUUUUUUCAAAAAAGAUUGAAUUCUUUAUUUUGAAUAGAGGGCUAAGAUUGCCUCUAGUUACGGGGAGACAAUAUCUCAGGAAAAGAGUCACAAACACGCCAAUAUUUAAUUUAGUUUAAAACCAAUGGACCUUUAAAAUUUGCGAUUCUUUCGGCCGUAAAUCGAAAAGAUCCCGCCGGUUAAAAAAUUUGCCUGUACUCGUGUGUCGUUGCUAAGGCACUUGCUCAGCAUACUGGCACCGCUUGAACAGCGAGCAAAACAGCUACAAACGACCGCUUCAGCAUGAAAACUUGCAACCCUCUACUUAGCUUCCUGUUAUUCUUACGACUGGAUGUCAGAAGGUUUGUUUUCUCUUCAGUCCUAAAUCAUGGAACCAGCCCCGUAUAAGGGAAGCCGGAUUCGAAAUCCGUUAAAUGUUUGCUAGUAAAAUCUGUAAUCCUGGACUAUGGAAUCCGGAAUACAGCUUAAGGGAUCUGGAAUCUCACUAAUGAUUGGAGUCGGGAAUCAAGUUCGACUGGCAGAGAAUUUCCGGUAUUGAGUACCCGGAAUCCAAAAUCCAAGACUGUCUUGGAUUCCCUUACAUCGGGCGAACGGAACGGGUCUGAUAACACAAUAUCGGUUGGUACCUUUUAGCUGGAACCUAAUGAAUGUGGUCGUAAUAUUGUGCUUGUGACAGGUACUUCACUGUAUAUCUAAGAAAGCCGCAAACUACUCCUUUACAACUCUGGUGACUCAGGAGGGAAUUUCUCAGAAACAAUUAAAUUGUCUAUAUCCACAGAGUAACAGAGCCUUCUAGAUGGAUUAGUUUUCUGCGUUACGCUUUAGCAUUUCACUCGUAAAAAAAAAACAGCCUCAAUUGACGUUCUGGCCAGAGUGACUUUUUUCUUUCAGCAAACCAUCAGCGACUAAGGAAAACUUAAUUGAUGAAUUAACAGGAGCACGUUCACGGAUGAAUUGGAUUGAGUUUAAUUCGUUUGAAUUAGCUCAGUUAAGUGAAUUUGGACUCUAUAGCGCUUCUCUGUAGAGAGAUACUUUGUGGAAAAAGGUUUACAGCCUUAGCUAGUGGCAUUCGUUUCCAUUUUUGGUUUCUGUCAUAUUUUCUUUUAAUGUUGUUAUGCUUGCGUCGACAGUUGAAACGGAAACGUUUCAGCCGUCUCCGUGAUCAAGUCUCUGUUUCCCCUAGUUAAUUUUCAUUCGUUCUUCAGCGACAAGGGAAAGUCAUGCAUGUACUGAAAUGACAGCACGUCUAUAUGGCAAAAAUCUACAAUUUUCUUUCAUAUUAUAUCCGUUCAGCCACAUGAUAAAUUUCCGAAGUUUUCUUUGUAGUCUCAUUCGGUGUAUCACGACUUAGUAGUUGCGGCAGGGAGCUUCCAAGCUUCUAAGGCAAAACAUUUUAAGCCUACACUGCAAAGAGCUUUGGCAAAUAGGCACGCAAGCAGUGAGUCUUGUUGAAUCUGUAGUUACGUCUUGUAAUACUUCUUUGCUUAUUUUUCAUAACAUGAUUACGUCGUUAGAAAAGGUAUCGGUGCGCCAUGUAUAUAACCUUAUAUAUAUAAUCACAUUUUCAUGUUCAAAACAAUUUCAACAGGCAUCCCAAUACAGUGUGGGCUCCAAACCUCCAGCCUGGAGCCUAAAAAGCCAACACACAGAGUUUAGCGCGCUGAAACAGAAGAAAACCAGAUGGCUCUAAAAACUCUGAAACCGAAUUUAGCACAUUAUAACUACAAUAAAUCGGCAGAGGCCAUGCUGGAGGCCUGCAACUAAGUGCUCAACGGUCCACUCUUUGAUAGAUUGUGCUAACAUAAUUUUGGGCAUAAUUCGUCAUUUAAUACGAGCAAUAAUUUUCAUCUUUUUUCCGAAAAAACUGUACUGCUGGCACUUUUGGCCAGAAUUGUCAUAUACUGGUCAUGCAACCAAUUUUUUUGGCCCAAGAUCAGUGUUACAGAAAAAAUUAAUUGUUUGUCUGCCUGUUGUCACAUUCGUGGAGCUUACAUGUAGGUCCUACAGGAAGUGACCCAGGAUUAGGCCCAGGACCCUUUCCAACUCAACACAUGCGCAUAACUAGCUCGGUUACCCAAGAUGGGGACUGCGUGCUGGUCAGUUUUUUAUUUAAUAGUAGUCAGACAAUUAAUUAUGUACUUUCUAGAAGUAAAUAAUGUUAAUGUACUCACGAUUUACUAGUUUUUUUUUUUUUGCAUUGUUAUUGAGGGUUUUGAGUGAAAAGAGGAGUAUUUGUUACGAUUUUUGUCACUUAUUUUAUUCAUUUUAUCUCUUAUUUUAUUAUUUUGCCACACAGAAUAAAUUACGGGGUGUCCCAAAAGCUCGUUCCUCUACUUUAUAAGUCUGUAUUUCAGAACGAUUGGACUUGGUAAGCAAAUCAUUUCAACAAAAGUUGUGUCUUUCAAUCUAAUUCACUAUUUUCAUACUUGUUGUGCCAUCUUUUGACUCGAAUAUUCGAUAUGUGUACUUCCGCGCCAAAGGUGCGCGUGCGCAGUAUAUUUUCCAAUCACACAUUUUUUGUAUUUCAUAGCCCGAAUCACUCGAACUCCUUCCUUGUUUUUUUGUGAAUAUCACGAAAGAUAAACCCCCUUAGCGCAAAAACGUUCCGCUGCGUGAGAGCAUAAGCCUGUAUACUUCUAUUUACUGGCUCAUCGGUUGUAGAAAUUGCUAAAAACUGGAAAAAUCCAAAUGUUGGGUGGUAGAAUGAUCAUGGAGAAAUGAAGGUUUUGAAGGCAAGAAACUAAGGGAAGAUCAAAAGCCCUGAAUAAAGCAGCUAAAAUAGUUUUAAUGAAGGCUAAAUAAAAAAUCAUGAGGAGACUCGACAAGGAAGCUCAGUCUCUCACAUAGUUAGCAAGCCAAAUAAAAGGGUCAUGAAAAGUUGUUUGAAAUGUUGAAAAUUAGAGGCCCCUGAGAUGGCAAAAAACCCUCUGCUUAGUCUGCCAAUUAACGCCCAGCUUGAGUCAAAUAUGUAAAGAAUUACAAAAGCCUUGCUGUGGAAGGGGGCCGGGAUGAUUAUCUUUUUUGGAUGAAUGCCCGAUCCGGCAUAGGGUGAACAAAGCCUCGUUUGUCUAGUAUAUCAGCGGUUAUUUGAUAAAUGGCAAUAUUUCGUUCUCCCUCGUCUAAAAACUGUUUAUUGUACAUAUUUCAGGUGCAACUUGUCAGAGAGAGAUGCAGUUGCAAUUCUGUGAAGGCGAUUCACAUACACUCUCUUGCGCUCAUUUUUCCAAGAACAUCAGUAUCCUUUCUGCAAACUACGGUCGUUUGACUGGAGCUCAAGUCUGUGGCUGGGGACCAAUAAAGUCCACUCACUGCAAAGCUGAUGGAGCACUUGCCAAAGUUCAAGCUCACUGUCAGGGACGUUCACAUUGCACAUUGCGGGCAACCAACAGCGAGUUUGGCGAUCCCUGCGAUGAAACUUACAAAUAUCUA